AUGUCCGAGACUCUAACCCACAUUGGCCCCAGACGGCCACGCCGAUAUGCGCCCCGAACACGUCUGGGAUGUUUGACAUGCCGGAGGCGGAAGAAGAAGUGCCCCGCCGACGGCCCUGAGUGUCGGACAUGUGUCAGACUGAGUCUUGACUGCGAGUGGGACAACAGGAGACACUUCCCUACCUCUGGGCCUAGUCCAGCGAGCACGGCCGCCGGAGAGGAUGGGCGGCCUUCAUCAGAGCCGGAUCACGACCUUCCACUCACAGUUACCGAGCUAUCAGCGGCAAUUCCUCCUUCGCCAUCAGUCCUACCAGCCAUGACCGAUGCUGGUGACCAGAACAUGUUACUAUCCUAUUAUAUACACUCCUUUGUCCCCAACAUCUCUGUCGUGCAUACCUCUUCCAACUUCUUCACGUCGGCUAUCCUGGCAUGUUCAGCUGCACACCUUGCCAAAGGAGCUCCGAAUUCAGACGAUCAAGCUCGACUUCUUGAACUCUCUCUGCGUUCCCAGGUCCGAUGCCAUCGGUUCUUACAGGAACGUAUCAGUCUCACUGGUCGAUUGCAGUCGGAUCAUAUUGAAGCUAUUGCCAUCAUUCUUCUACUCGUGGGACUGGAAGUCCAAAACGGCGCCAAUACUGGCAAAUGGGUCUGCCAACUUGACUGUGUACGCAACGUGAUCAAACAAUCUGGCGGAAACGGUGUGUUUUGCAGACGGUCCUGGGAAGCAGAGGCUCUAUACGAGCAUUUCCUCUACCACGACGUUAUGAGUCUAAUCAUGUCUGGAGUGGCAGGGUCCGAGACCGAUGAAUUAGAGGCUACUUCUCCCUCCGACAUUGCUGCCUCUUCGCCAUUGCCGUUUUCCGAAGCGGAAGUGCCUUGGGCUAGAUUCCUCCCGCAAGACAGACAACGCUCGAGUUCAUCUUCCUCGUCCUCCAGCAAGCGAAGGCCGGCGUCAUCUACGUCCAUUCAUCCACUUCUGGGGUUGUCAAAGGAUUUAUUUUUCCUCAUACAGAAAAUCCCUCGCGUUAAGCCUGUCCAAAGCGAGGGAGAAGGAUGCCUGAAUCCAGCCGAGAAUGAACUCUUUCUAAAUCUGGAGAGGCAAUUCGUCGACCUUCGAUUCGACCUUGCCGGCGAUGCUUGCGGAGGAAUCGACUUGGCCGCGCGGCUCGACCUCGUGGUUUUAGCAAAGACUUACCGUCUCGCAGCACUCAUUCUUCUCUACCGGCGAUCCUGCGUGCACGAAGACCAGAUUCCUCUCCUGGCACAGCGCAUUAUUAGUUUUGCGGAGCGUAUUUCCGAGGGAAAUGCGGCCGAGGCUGGACUCACUUACCCGCUGUUUCUGGCCGGGGCUGAAUUGGUUGAUGAAGAAAGUAUUGUUGUUUGCGCGACAAAACUGAUGAAGAUCAGGGAGAGAAUAAAGGUUAUGAAUAUACAGUCGGCCGAGGAAGUCUUACAAGAAGUCUGGAGAGACCGGUUGAACGGUGGACCUUACCGAGACUGGGAGAAUGUUCUUCGCAACUGGAAGUGGGUGAUAAAUUUGGGUUAG